AUGGCUUCCGACGCAGCUAUUGAACCGCGGCAGGCGACCCGCGAGGAGAUGCGCGAUGCCCGGCUCCCGCUCGCAUACCGAGACAGCUGCGCCCACCUCCUGAUUCCGCUCAACAAGUGCCGGAGGGAGACGUGGUACGCUCCGUGGAAGUGCACGGACGAGCGACACAGCUACGAAAAGUGCCAGUACGUCGAGUUCAAGAAGCGAGUCGCCAAGAUGAACGAGCUGCGGGAGUCGAAAGAGGGUGCGCGGAGCAACUAA